CCAACGCGGACGGACGGACGGUGUGCGUUUUCUGCCCCAUUCGUUCGAGAGAUUCAGAUCAGAGGCUCUCUGCAGUAGCGAUUCUAGGAUUGGAUUGUUCACUGUGUGUUUGAAUUGAAGGUUUUUUUCCCCUGUGUACUGUGAAAUGAUGAAACGAGAAAGAGAAAAACGGUGAAUAAAUACCAGCUUUUCCUCAUGGUUGUUUAUUUCAAUCUAAACCCGCAGCCGUCAGUGUGGUUCGACGGAAGAAUCUGAUAGUUUUUUUUGGUGUGGUUCUCUCGAGCAGUACGUCGACGAAGGGUGCGCCGAAGUGAGAAGUAAUAGAGGGGGGAAUUAAAGCAUUAGUGGAAAUCGUGAGAUGCCGAGAAGAGCAUAGAGCAUAACGUGUAGUGAAUAUAAUAUGUGUUCACAUGAUGAAGAGAAAAAAGGAGAAAAGCAGUGAAAUUGUAGUGAUCUUCGAUUUGUUAUAUAUUUGUUAAUGUGCUAAAUCAAGCUUUUUGGCAAUCCAACACUGCCAGUGUGAACAAUUCUCAUAGUUACGAGCUAAAAUCCUGUGUUCAAUUGAUUCAAUUUUAUUACGAAUAAGGUGAACUAGAUUAAAUGUGAUUUACCAAACCCAAAAAUAAAAAAAUAUCAAAAAAGUGAAGAAAAUUCACUUAGUAAAAUAAAGUAGAAUUUCUCGUAUAUUAUUGAUUGCGAAUGUUAUUCAACUACACUGCCAUUUUCAACCAACGUGUGUGUAAUUUUCGUGUCUUCAAAAAGUGAAUUCGUGUUCGUUGUAGACGGCCAUCCACUUCGGUACAGCUACAGCCAUUGAUAGAAGCAGCAAAACUCUCUUUUGCCUACCCCACCACGGAAUCAUCGGAGAAUGGAAUAAACGUACAUGUGCUUGAGUGAGAAAGAGAGUGAAUCAAGCGCAGGGUUGUACCGGAAGUUGUUUAGAAGUGAACUGAAGAAUUCGUUGUGAAAGACCGCUUCUGCCUGGGGAUAAUCUGGGGUCAUAAAUCGCUGCCAACAAUUACCGAAUUGUUCAACUAUUACCAUCUAAGCAUAUUGUUCGCAAAAUAGUAAGCGAUAGUUCAAAACUGCCACUAAGUGAAACGUACUAUGAGUGUUUGUUAGAGAACGCGUAAAAAAUUUAGUAGUAAAAUUUGUGAGUUCUAAGGUCAAUUUUAUUUCAACGGACAUUUUAAGGUCGAUAAAAUCGUUCCAGCAAUUGCUGUACGUCUGUCCGGACUUUACGCGUGCCAAUGAAGUUCACCUGCGUCUCGGGCUUAUGCUUAAAGUGAAUGGAGACUACGAGCGAUCGCUGAAGCACCUGCAACUCGCCCAUUCCGACUCGUCGCCGUGCACCUUUGGCAAGCUUGAGAUUCGCUUUCACAUCGCCCAUCUGUAUGAGAUCCAGAACAAGUUCAAAGCAGCAAAGGAAUCAUACGAACAGUUACUCGGGGACAAACAGCUGACACCAGCGCUGAAGGCCGACAUCUGCCGCCAGCUAGGAUGGUUGUAUCAUAGUAUUGAAACACUCGGGGAGAAGGCACAACGGGAGCGCUUUGCCAUUCAUUGUCUGCAGAAGUCGAUCGAAGCUGAACCGAAAUCGGGACAGACUUUAUAUCUGUUGGGAAGGUGUUUUGCUGGAAUCAACAAGGUGCAUGACGCGUUCAUCGCUUAUCGCAAUUCGGUCGAGAAAAGCGAAGGCAAUGCGGACACUUGGUGCUCUAUCGGAGUGCUCUACCAGCAGCAGAACCAGCCUAUGGAUGCGUUGCAAGCGUACAUAUGUGCAGUUCAACUAGAUAAAUCACACUCGGCUGCUUGGACCAAUUUGGGUAUUUUAUACGAAAGCUGUAAUCAACCGCGGGACGCGUAUGCCUGCUAUCUAAACGCUACAAAGAAUUCGGACGGACAGCAAUCGACCGUAGUGUCAGCCUUAUCCACUGCCACCAGUGCCAAUGCUACAAACGCAACAGGAACAGUAACAACAGGAAACACCUCUACUACCAACACAACCUCCACGGGAUCCAGCGCAGCAGGAACAUCCGCAAACGCAGCAACAUCGGGACGUAGUGGAACUAGCCUUACGGAGCCGACAAUUGCCUCCAGCGGUGCGACUAAGCCUCAGAAUCUCGCGCAAAGAAUAAAAUUUCUCCAGCAGCAUCUGGCACACGCACCUAUGCCUAGUAUUACCUCCAAACGGCGGCAGCUACCGUCGAUCGAGGAAGCGUGGAAUCUGCCAAUCUCGAACGAAAUGAGCUCUCGUCAGCAGCAGCAGACAGCCGCAGCCCAGGCGCAGCAGAGACAAUAUCAGAAGGGAUACGCACAGGGUAACCAGGUUGCCCAGUUUCAAAAUAGCAACAGUACCACGACGGUUGGUAAACGCUUCAAACAGGAAGAUGGCCAAGUGGUACGACCCGGCCAAGUGCCGAACUUCUAUCUUAAUCAGCAGCAACUUCAAAUGCUACAGUAUCUGCAGCAAAAUCAAGCCAGUCUAAAUGCCCAACAGCAGAAUUUGCUGCAACAGUAUGCCCACCAGUAUCGACUGAUGCAGCAACAUCAACAACAGCUUCGUCUACAGCAGCAACAGCAACGGAAUCAGCAAGUUCAGCAGCAGCAAGUUCAGCAACAAGCUGGAGCGGCAACAUUCCAAGGUCAAGUACCUCCAUCAGUGGUUGGGAGUGGUUAUGGACAACAACCACCCGGUCAGCCACAGCUACUGGGUGGCAAUGGUAGUUUCUCAUCAGUUUCCAAUGCGGCACAAACUUUCAAAACGGCCACGGGGACCUACGCCGGCGUUGGAAGUUUUCAGAACCAUUCCAAUACGGCGGCGUUCACGCAGCUUGCGAGCACCAAUCCGGCGGAUCUCGAUCAAGAACUGCAAGCUCUGCUUUCGUCUAAAGACGAUACAGCCACAUUUGCAGAAACACUUCUGAAGCAAUUCGGAUCCGACGAUCUCGAUAUCAAAGACAUUAAACCGUUGGAUCAGCAACCGAUGAACACAGCUAGCGCUAUUGAUGCCACUGGUGCUGGCAGACCCGAUGGCGUAAAAUCCCCUACAAUUAAAGCAGAAGCUACUUCGUCUACGGGUGGAUUGGCAGCAGCUGCUGCAGCCAAACGACACCUACUAGCGAAACAUGACAUCAAAUUGGAACCGGUCAUAAAAAUUGAAAAACUUUCCGAACCCACUCUUAAACCGGGUUUCAGCAUCGAUAUGACCGCUAAGGAGCUCCUCCAGGCAGUUAAAAAAUCCGACCUGAAAGAUGUGCCCGCGAUUUCUUCUACACAACAGCUGGAUGCUCCACCUCCCUCGCCACCGGAAGUUCCACCGCAGCGAUUGACCCGCGAACAGUUGCAACCUCCCACACCGUCAGUUUUCCUCGAGAACAAAAAGCACGCCUACAGUCCACAGCUGCAGGAGUUCUGUCUGAAGCAUCCGAUAGCCGUGGUACGACAGCUCGGUGCUGCCCUGAAGCUGGAUUUGGGAUUGUUCUCAACCAAAACCUUGGUAGAAGCUAAUCCGGAUCACAGCAUCGAAGUGCGGACUCAGGUGCAUCAAUCGGCCGAUGAAAACUGGGAUCAGUCGAUGAAGUCCAAAGUUUGGGCGUGUAUCUCGCACCGUUCGCACACGACAAUUGCCAAGUAUGCGCAGUAUCAGGCGUCCAGUUUCUCGGAUAAGAUCAAGGAGGAACGCGAUAAAUUGGCGGGUAUCCCGCUUACAAACUCCGACUCUGAUUCAAAGGAUUCCCUCACGAAUAGCAACGGGGCCGGAUCGGGCAGUGGCAAACGGAAGAAGUGUAAGAACGGUAACAAAAUGCUUCGUUUCGGCACCAACGUGGACCUCUCGGACGAACGGAAGUGGAAAACGCAGCUAACUGAACUGCAAAAACUGCCACCGUUCGCGAGAGUUGUGUCCGCUGCCAACAUGCUGUCCCACGUAGGACAUAUGAUUCUCGGCAUGAAUACGGUUCAAUUGUACAUGAAAGUGCCGGGAAGUAGGACGCCGGGUCACCAGGAAAAUAAUAACUUCUGUUCGAUCAACAUCAAUAUCGGCCCGGGGGACUGCGAGUGGUUUGCCACGCCGGAUUCGUACUGGGGAGGCAUUCAGUCACUCUGCGAGAAGAAUAAUAUCAACUACCUGCAUGGGUCGUGGUGGCCUGCGCUGGAGGAUCUCUAUGCGGAGAAUAUUCCGGUGUACCGGUUCACCCAACGACCGGGAGACUUGGUUUGGGUUAAUGCUGGGUGUGUUCACUGGGUACAAGCGAUCGGUUGGUGUAACAAUAUCGCAUGGAAUGUUGGGCCGUUGACAGCGCGGCAGUACCAGCUGGCGAUCGAACGGUACGAAUGGAACAAACUUGAAAACUAUAAGAGCAUCGUACCGAUGGUGCAUCUCAGUUGGAAUCUGGCGCGCAAUAUCAAGGUUUCCGAUCAGAAGAUGUUUGAUCUCAUCAAAACCUGUUUGAUGCAAACGAUGAAGCACUGUAUGCAAGUUCUUGAAUAUGUCAAAUCUAAGGGCAUUGAGGUCCGGUUUCACGGGCGUGGAAAGAAUGAAGCAUCCCACUACUGCGGUCAGUGUGAAGUCGAAGUGUUCAACAUCCUCUUUAUCCGUGAGCAGGAGAAACGGCACGUAGUCCACUGUAUGGGCUGUGCUCGCAAGCAAGCCGCCACCCUGCAAGGUUUCGUUUGUCUCGAGGAGUACAAACUGGCUGAACUUAUGCAAGUGUACGAUGCGUUCGUACUGCACUCGGCACCUCCACCGCCCAUUCAGCCACCGAUGACACCGUCGCCAUCACCUCAACUGCAGCAGCCUGCCUCCUCAACGUCGGCUACCCAGCUGGCAACGUCAUCAUCAGCAAUCACCAUCAGUUCGUCUUCGUCCAGUUCGUCGAUCGGUGCCAUGGCCAUCACCAGUAUAGCCUCCGGCAGUGCCAGCAGCAGUAGUAGUGGUAGCGCCUCGGGACAAACGGCGAUACCGCUGCAGCUGUCGUGAAACGACACCGACGGUGAAGGGAUCUAGAGCGGGUUUGUUCGUUUGUAAGUUUCAAGAGUUUAUUUAAGAUCAAAAUCUGUUUGAUUUAGUUCAAUUCUAUGACUUUUUUCUCUAAAUUUCUUCGUCUCUUUUGGAAAGGGACACAUGAAAGGGAGGCUCAACUGAAUUAUGACUUAAUUGAACCCUUUCAUGAUAACGGGAAUAAGUCGGGAUUUUUGUGAAUACGAUCUUCUUUAUUGUACAUAUCUAAGUAUCGAAAGUUUUAUGCUAGAAUUACAACUGUUUGAGAACAACUCGUACGCAACACGUAAUUAUUUAUGCAACCAAUCACUGCUUUACUAGUUGUACGACUGGGGCUAGAAGGCGAAAUCGAAUUUUCGUCACGACUCCAGAAUCAUAGAACAAGAUUUUAGAGGAAACCACAGAAUUUGUCGUAAAUCUAAGUAGUUUAAUUUAUUUCUUAGCAGAGCUAGGCUGGCAAGGGGUGCAAAGAUUUCAGGCUCUUAGAUUUUUUGAAUUACCUACAACUAGGGAGAGAAAAAAAUCUCCGUUAGCGUGGCCGACCGGUCGUCAAAAGCAAAACCAUAAUACACAGAAGAAAACAAGCUCGAUGUACGAAUAAACCAGAGUGAACAGAUGCAACCGUAGUAGCUUUUCAUAUUUUCGAAAUGUAUUGUGACACAUCUAGGAAACACGCGAAUUAUGCAAAAGUAACAGAUUUUUAUACAGGAAUGAAAACACGUAAAACAAAAACAACAAUCCUCAGGAAACUUAAGAAAGCCGUUAAAAGCGAAAGAAAAUAGUAGUCGAAAAAAUAAGUUAACAUUUUGAAACACUCACAUUCUUUCUCUCUCUCAGAAAACACACAGUAAAAAAAGUACGGAAAGGGCAAAUGCAAACAAAAAUGAAAUAUAUUUUUCUAACCAUCAGCUAACGAACGGGGUAUUCAUACUUCACGCGAACAACUUGAUGGGUGAGAGUAAAAAGUGCUAGUUGCGACGGAACGGAGUCUUUAGAUGUGUAAGAUUGAUGUUGGUUUAACUAUUCACUGUAAAAAUCGAUCGGGUCGAGUUGAAACAACUUUUAUUUCCGGCAACGAACGGUACCACCGGUUAGGUUAGGAGAAGAAAUACUAAGUUCAAUUGAAUUGCAGUUCAGAAUCGACCGGUAGCCACUUCUGUGUUAGGUAGAAAACUUUCAACAUCGGAAUUCCCAUAAAUCCAACUGCGCUGCAAAAAAAAAUCAAUUAGGUCUUAAACAAAUCAUACAAAAAUGAUCUCAUAUGUUCGAUAAUUUUGAGGAGAAUUAUUUAAAACAAAAACCAUUAAGGAGGAGAGCAAACCGUUUUUGGUUACACGUUCAGAACGAGUGAUCUAAACUGAGUUUUUAGUUAGAACAAUUCAAAAAUUAAUUCUGAGAAUCCUAAUUGGUGUCGUCUAAACAAAAUGGCAGGUCACACGAAUGAAACCCCCGUUGCAGCAAUGCCGUUUGCGGACAUUAUUCGAUGAUAAUCCAUAAGGUGCUUUAGUUUGGACUAAGAUUUAGUUUAACGAGUAUGUGUGUUUGUAUGUACACUGUACAGUGAACGGGAAAUGUUUACACGUAAUGAGGUACUAGAAUGGAAGCUAAUACCAUGUCAUAGCCAGUACGGAUUGGUCUAUGUAAAUUAGAAGCUAUACUAGCACUAAGCAGAAAUGGUUGGUAUGGAAGAUGACAAUUUUCCAGAGAAACCUAUUUUUUUAAAAUACCAACAUGUAGCAAGAUUUUGAAAUGGUUAGACCAAUUGUGUUUCAUAGUGAAAGCGCGCUCCGCAAGCCGGAGUUUUAAAUAUGGGGAAAGGUUAGCUGUUAAGUGUGUAGUUUACUAGUGUAAUUAAGUUUAGUACGACGAGAGAAGGUACUCGCAGGGACAACAAGUUUAGGCAAAAGAAUUAUCACUCCCCUGCACAGCAUUAUUCAUUCUCACGUACACGUCAUUUUAACCAUACCCGAACGAAGUACUACAAACAGUGGGAGAUUCAGGAAAGUCAUGUUUUUUUUCUUGGAAAUUCUACCCAAAAAAACAAAAAUUGCUUUUCAAAAUUAAUAUUUUUUCAAAAUUACACGCAAAAGUCGAAACUACUAAACGAAAAUGAAUGGAGAAUGCUUUUCCUCUCGAAGUAAGUUGUAUAAAGCAUGUUUGAGAACAAACACUAUCGCAAAUAAGGAAUGACCAGUAUAUCACUGCCAAUUAAAACUGAGUUGAUUUCUGCAUUUCGUGCCGCAUCGAUGGUGGAAAGUGUGAAAUUAAUUCGCUCUUAUAAUGAGUGAAUAAAAAAUAAAGACGAACGAGAGAGAAUGGGCUAGAGGAGAGUAACAGAAGUUGAAACUGUACAGAAAAGGAAUGAGUAGCAACACUUGUAAAAAAAAUGAUUAUAACCCAAUUUAUUCUUAUCAAUAAUUAUCACGAAUACUAAUUGGACAAAAUCUUAAUCGACCGUCGGUAAUAAGAAAUCUAUACUAAAAACUAUUUAAAUGAGAACCAAGAUUGACCUAAAGCUAAAAAUAAAUUGAUUAAAGAAAAACAUGUCUUUCAACGUAUCAUUAAGGGGAACAUUGCAGGAUUUUCACAAUCACACCCAGUCAACAGACGCGAGAGUAACGAAACGAAAAAAAAAAACGGAAGCUUUUCACAAUCACAAUUCAACCAACAUCUGCGGUAUCAGUCUUUGCCUCAGACAAACUUCCCUCCAGAAAAAUAAACUAAAUAUGAAUAUCACAUUCACAUUCACACUGCCCCCGCCCCCCUUCCCAUCACUCACUUAGGCGAACCGUGCGCUGAUGAGAAACUUUCUUUUUCUAAAUCAAGUUCUUAUUUGUUUGUUCUCGGUGUUUUUGCUGUUGUAACAACUGUUUAGUUUUUCUUUUUUCUUGUGUACACUGUAAAUAUAGGACAAAUUAUCUUUCGUCGAUGAAUAAAUUAGCCGAUUGAAAACAAUACCUCAGAGAGAAGAGAAAACAGUUUUGUAAAUAUACCGGAAAAAAAAGCUAAAUAGAAACAUCAAUUAUACCGUUUUGAACAUUUGAGAACGAAAAAAUCUUCACGGUAUCGCAUUAUUGGUUAAUUCACUAACCGAUCGAGACAGUUUUAGAAUAUCAGCAUGUAAGUGACGACAGGAAGUUGUAGUAAUCUUUUAUUUAAUGAAAUAUUAUUUAUGAAGACAGAAAACUGAAGCAACAGAAACUGUCGACAGCACAUUUAUAAGACACAUCGUGAACAAAAUAUACCGGAUAAUUCAAAGACGCCUCUACACGUUGGCGAGUUGUGUAAUAAACGACACCAUUUUGCGUAAGAGAAAAAAAUGUAUGCGGAAGGAAUUCGCAGUCGUACGAUAAUAUAACUAUUAUUAUUAUUAUUAUUAUUAUUAUUAUAAUUAUUAUUAUAUGCUAAGCUGGAAUAUUAUAAACUAUUGUAUUUUUUGCAAGAAUACACAUACGAAACGACGAUUCGCAGAGUCGAGUCGAUUGUACACUUUUUGUUUCGUGAAUCAAAUCGGCAAUACAUUAUUGUAGUAAGAAUGAAAAAUUAA